AAUAUGGGCUUUUUCACAGGUAGCCCAAGUUCUGCAAGUGUCGUUGCUUCGCUAGUAGCUGCAUUGUUCAGAUUUUCUCUUAAAAAAUCUUUAAUUUAAAGGCCGCACUUUGCUUUGCACUUCAGAAGAUAAUUGUUCACCAUGGACUCUGAUGCUAUAGACAUUGUCACUGACAACACAUCUGUCCCACCUUCCAAGAGCCUCAAAGCUGUCAAGAAAAUAAAGAAAGGCGACUUCAUUUGUGACCUCUGGGGGAAUGUGAACCCAAUUGAUCGCCACACAGUACAAGUCAGCAAAGACAAGCAUAUCAUGCCUGAAGGAAAAGUAAAGUUCACCAAUCAUGCCUGUAGUCCAACUGCUGAGUUUGAGUUCAAGGCACGUGACGGGGUUGUGGCUCCUGAGGGAAAGGAACUGUCAUGGCAUCUUGUGGCAACACGGGACAUCAAUAAAGGUGAAGAGAUAACAUUUAAUUACACUCUGACCGAAUAUGAGAUGGAUGCACCAUUUGAGUGUCAAUGUGGAGCGAAGCAGUGUCUGGGGCGUGUUCAAGGCUUCAAGCAUCUCACCACUGAACAGCAACAAGAAAUAAUGGCCAAAGUGUCUCCUGCUAUCAAAGAAAUCAUUAAAAACUAAAGGCAGUACAGCUAACGGGUCUGAACUAAUAACAAGUCAAAGAUGCACCACUAUGUUAAAGGGGCCCGGCAACCUACCCAUGAUGCAUUGCUUUGGCGGCCAUUUUCUUUGCCAACGAAAUUCAAAACAUUUUGCAAAAUCGAAACUACAUCCCCUCACUGUAAAAAGUGUAGAAAAGUUGGUAAAAGUGUCUUAAAGUGGAUUAUUUUAUACUUUUUCAUGAUGAGAACAAUAACAAUGCAAUGCAUUGUGGGUAUGUUGUGGGGCUCCCUUUAAGUGAUACCCAUUUGGGUUGAGCAUCUGGAACCCAAUGUAUUGUAGCCUCCCAUAAUGCAACAUAACAUAACAUAAAAAAUAGUAUUAACAAGGUUUUAUUUAUACAUAAGCUUUUCCUUUAAAUUUAUAAAGACAUUUGGUAAGGUAA